AUGGCAUGUACAAAUUCUGCUAACAAUCGUAUUGUGUCAAUUGAUGUUGAAUGUAUGGCAACAGGUUUUACACAUGAAGAUCGAGCUCCAUGCAGUGUUGCUUUAGUCGACACACACGAAGCCAUGGUACUAUUAAACAUUGAUCUCAAUGCUCAAAAUGGCCAUUUAGCGACAGAAGAUGCUCGAGCAUCUAUAUUACUCUAUCUUCAAUACAAAGAUAAUGCGCGAGACUUGAUAGAUGCCCGUCGUCGUCUGCUGGAUACACGAUCACGUACAACACCAGCAAAGGCCAAUAAUUACAAGUACGAGGGUGUUUGUUUAUCUGCAUAUUCGGCGAAUCUUUGCACAUGUGGUCGUCCUAUACGAGGAGAUGAUUGA